AUGAAGCCAGUGAACAACGUGACAGAAUUCAUCCUGCUUGGUUUAACACAGAACCCAGAUGUGCAAAAAAUCUUGUUUGCUGUGUUCACAAUCAUCUACCUCCUCACCCUGGCAGGCAACCUGCUCAUUGUAGUGACCAUCACCAUCAGCCCAACACUUGGCUCCCCCAUGUAUUUUUUUCUGUCUUUCCUGUCCUUCAUAGAUGGCUGCUGCUCUUCUACUAUGGCCCCCAAAAUGAUUGUUGACUUACUAGCUGAAAAGAAAACCAUUUCCUUCAGUGGGUGCAUGACUCAGCUCUUUGCAGAGCAUUUCUUUGGAGGAGUGGAGAUCAUCCUACUCACAGUGAUGGCCUAUGACCGCUAUGUGGCCAUCUGCAAGCCCUUACACUACCUGAUCACAAUGAACUGGCGGGUAUGUGGCCUUCUGGUGGCUCUGGCUUGGGCUGGGGGAUUUCUUCAUGGUCUGAUUCAAGUUCUUUUUAUGGUCUGGUUGCCCUUCUGUGGCCCAAAUGUUAUUGAUCAUUUCAUCUGUGAUCUCUUUCCUCUGCUAAAACUCGCCUGCACUGACACAUACAUAUUUGGAUUCUUUGUUGCUGCUAACAGUGGACUGAUGUGUGUACUCAUUUUCUCUAUUCUUAUUACCUCUUAUGUCCUCAUCCUUCGCUCCCUAAGAACCCAAAGCUCUGAAGGACAGAGAAAGGCUCUUUCUACCUGUGUUUCCCAUAUUACUGUAAUCAUCUUAUUCUUUAUACCCUGUAUAUUUGUGUACUUUCGACCCAUGAUCACCCUCUCCAUUGAUAAAGCAGUGACUAUAUUUUAUACUCUGAUCACUCCCAUGUUAAACCCUUUAAUCUACACCCUCAGAAAUGCUGAGGUAAAAAAUGCAAUGAGGAAGCUCUGGAGCCACACAGUGAUUUUAGGUAAAAAAUCAGAUGAAUAG